GACCACGUGCUUGGGCAAAGUGCAGAGUUCAUAGCUGAACUGCUGCAAGGUUUGGGGGGGUUUGGAGACAGGAUUUUGAUUUGGGCCAUGGGGGCUGGGCGUGGGGCAGGCACAAAGUUUGGCUUGAUGUCCACCUUUUUUGCAAUGCUUUUGGUAGAUGACUUUGGCUCUUGUAUCCAAUGCUUCCAGGCUAGGCGCCUAUGAAACCCGGUGCUUCAGUGGUUUUCUCAUCUGUAUUUUUCUUGCUUUGUUGUUAGCAAUAUAUUUUUGAUAAUAAGCAAAAUAUUGUCACCAAUAUGUAGUAACAGUAACUAAAUAGAAACUACUGAUCUCUACUGCACGACAGUAGAAAUCCUGACUGAGUUCUUGGCUCACUGAGUUCCUGGAAUUACAAAUCAAAGGUCAAUAGUACUAAUGUCCAAAUUUGGCCCACUGAUUCUAUAUUAUUCUGUCCCCCUUCAAACUGAAGAGAGGGAAAUAAAGGGAAGAUGAGGUAGAAACUACUAGUUAAAUUUCUGUCUGGUCACAGGUGUUUUAUGUCUCCUGUGCUUUAUUUAAUAUGUACAGCAACAUGCAUACACACUUGAAAGUUGUGCACUUCCGCUUCUGUAGGCUGAGCUCAUUGCAUACACUAGAGGCUCCUUCUAUUCCUCCAUUCUCUCUGUCCCCCAAACUCUCCGUGUGUCACCUUUCUAUGCCCUUCUAUUACUCCCACCACUUCCUCCCUCGUGACAGAGGUUGUGUCCCCCUCAGGUACCCCUCCACCAUGGUAGUGGUUCCUUGUGUUCCCCCCAUUAUUUGUUUCUCUUAUUUCUGUUAGAAUCCAGGCUACAGAUAGUUUCCCCAUGCAGAAAAUUAAGCUUCUGCCUUUGAUAUGUGUAGGCAGCAGUAGGUGAUGGCAGAGAACUUUCUCUUCCUUAGCACUAAGCAGUCUGGGGAGCCUGCAUGCCAUCCUCAGUGGCAAACCCUCCUCCACAACCAAGCUCCCGUGGAUACUUUGGGGGCUGGAGUCAGAGGCCACCAGAGUGAACCCCAAGGAUGAUGUGCUGGAGGAGGAAAUGGAGGAGGAGAAGGAUGGGGGACAGGUGACAGAUCCAAUAGCAUGGCAAGCCAGGACUUCUUUUUGACUCCUGAGCAGUCUAGCCACUCUCAGCACUCCAGCUAUGGUGAGUCUGAUGCAGGAGAGGGAACCUCUGCUUAAAGUUAUUGCCAUUGAUGAGCAGCUGAGAGUUAUCUAUGAAGAUAACAUUCAUUUUGACAAAGACCUUCCGGAAUUUGGGACUCAUUGCGGCAUCCAUGUCCACAGUGAUAAGCUGACAGUGACUUCACCUGUGUUAAUGUGGGUCAAGGCUCUGGAUAUGAUCUUGGAGAAGAUGAAGUCUUCUGGAUUUAACUUCUCUCAUGUGAGAGCUUUUUCUGGGGCUGGACAGCAACAUGGAAGCGUGUAUUGGAAAGAAGGAGCCAGCCAAAUUUUAAAUAAUUUAUCACCUGAUCUUCCUUUACAUCAAUUACUAAAGGCUUGUUUUUCUGUCAGUGAUAGCCCUGUUUGGAUGGAUUCCAGUACUACUACCCAGUGCUUAUCUCUUGAGAAAGCUGUUGGAGGGGCACAGCACCUAGCUAAUAUCACUGGUUCACGAGCGUGCGAGCGUUUUACAGGAAACCAGAUAGCAAAGAUUUACAGCCAGAAUCCUGAGGUCUACGCACAAACUGAGAGAAUCUCUGUGGUUAGUAGCUUUGCAGCAUCCCUUUUUCUUAGUGCUUAUGCACCCAUCGAUUAUUGUGAUGGUUCUGGAAUGAAUUUACUGCAGAUUUGUGAUAAAAUAUGGUCCACCGCCUGCCUCAAUGCUUGUGCGCCUGGAUUAGAAGAAAAGCUGGGACCUGUUGUGCCAUCCAGCUCAGUAUUGGGCUCAGUUUCUCCAUACUAUAUUCAGCGCUACGGGUUUAGUCCAGACUGUAAAGUAGUAGCAUUUACUGGGGACAAUCCAGCAUCGCUUGCAGGAAUGAAACUUGAAGAAGGGGACAUUGCGAUUAGUCUUGGCACAAGCGACACAUUGUUUCUUUGGAUUAAAGAACCAACGCCUGCAUUAGAAGGUCAUAUUUUCUGCAAUCCUGUUGACUCUCAAGCCUAUAUGGCACUUCUAUGUUUUAAGAAUGGCUCUCUAAUAAGAGAGAGGAUCAGAGAUGACUGUGCUUCAGGCUCCUGGGACGAAUUCUCCAAAGCCCUAAAAUGUACUGUUAUUGGAAACGAUGGAAACCUAGGUUUCUAUUUUGAUGUGAUAGAGAUUACUCCUGAAGCUGUUGGGAUUCACAGAUUCAACAGAGACAACAAUAAGGUUCCAGACUUUCCAAAGGAGGUGGAGAUACGAGCAUUGAUGGAAGGACAGUUCAUGGCCAAGAGGAUUCAUGCUGAAAAGCUGGGAUAUAAAAUUAUGCCAAGAACAAGGAUUUUGGCCACUGGUGGAGCAUCAUAUAAUAAAGAAAUCUUACAGGUCCUGUCUGAUGUGUUUAGCGCACCAGUGUAUACUAUUGACACCGCCAACUCUGCUUGUUUAGGAUGUGCUUACAGAGCAAUUCAUGGGCUUGUGGCAGAAACAAGUAUGUCCUUGGUAGAGGUAGUGAAAUUAGCACCAGAGCCUAGAUUAGUUGUUACACCAACUGCUGGGGCAAACCAGAUCUACCAGCCCCUUCUGAAAAGAUAUGCAGAGCUUGAACAAAAGGUUCUCUGCAGUCCAAUCUCAUCUCAUCGGGCUAAAUAGCAAGAAAAAGAAAAAAUCUAACACUAGCCCAAGGAACUGACUGCUAAGGUGAAGCUCAGAAGAAAGUUGUCAGAAUUUACUGCAGUUGUUUAAGGCAUUCUUUGUGUUUUGUGCCGAAAACAAGGUCUAAUACAAAUUAAAAUGUUUUUUUUUUAAAGUGUUACUGGAAAUGUUGCUGAAAGAUUGAAAUCUUACUUAAAUCACUGAAGUGUUUUUUGUGUCCAGAGCAUCAUUUUUUUCUCAGAUCUUUUUCAGCUUGGUAAUUGGUAUUUUGUAAUCGCAGGGUAACAAUAGUCAGGUUAAUUCUAUCUGUCCGUCUACCCAUGUCUUUUUCUCUGUCUACAUAUCUGUCUCUAUCUAUAUGUCUACCAUAUCUGUCUGUCUGUAUCGUAUCUAUUUUAUCUGUCAUAUCCAUUUCUCUGUCACAACUAUCUUUCGAUAUGUCUCUAAUCUGUCUACAUUUUUAUGCCAUGUUAUACCAUGUUUAUUAUGGUGCUGCCUUACAGAAAUUUCAUAAAGUCCACAAAAAUCUAAGCACCAUUGAUUUUGGAUUCUCUCUCCUCGUUCCUUAACAUAUAGGUAUUUUAUGAAGCUGCUAGAUUAAUCUAAAACAGAAGGUGGUGUAUGAAUAUCCAGGGAAAUAUAUUCCUCUGAAAGCAGGUAUUAAUAUUCAAGACAGUACUUUUUAAUUUUCCUCUCUUCAUUCCCAGUGAUGUUCUGUUUCCACUUGUGGAAAUGCCUUAGUGAGUAUUAUCUGCUAUUACAAAGUACUGUGUUGGCUGCAUUGGAUCAGAUCCUGCCAUAACUUAUGUCAUGCAAGCACACUGAAGGGUUGCCUGGGUGUGACUAAGAGGGCAGUUUGGCCCAGUGUCUGAAAUGUGAACUCAAUGCUUUUACAGUUUAUCUGUAAAGUAACAGCUGUGGCCUCUGAAAGACAGGAGACUUGGCUAAAUGUGCUACAGACAAUAAAGAGUGUUAAAAUAAAUAAAGAAUCUGUUGGAAAUGA